AUGAGGUACGCAUUUUAUGAAGAGCAUGCACCGCAACUGCGCUCUUCUCGAACCACAAUAGUUUCCAAUGAAGACACUUGGUUAAGUUAUAAAGAUGCCAUUCUAGACAACAUAAACGCGCCAGAGAAAUCACAAUUUGAGAACGCAUAUGCGAGAGAACUUUCUCGACUGGAGAGCGUUGGAACUUGGGAUGCGACUGCUCCACGCCCCGCUCAUUCACUAGCGCCUGAAGCAAUCAUUGACACCAACUUCGAGUUCAACACCAACUCCAAUGGCGAAAAAUGUUGUCGAGUUGUUCAAGAGGGAGUAAGUUAA